AUGAAGCUGAUGGAGAAAAGCUCCUGUCCUGAGAAGUACCAAGGGUGGACAGAGAAAUGCGGGCCUGUGCCGGUUGAUUCUGUCAAGCUCGGUGCUUUUUCACUCACAGUUCCACUUUUCCACAGUUUAACAUAUUCCAAGAUAGAUGAGGUCAAAGGUCAUGUGCAUAAUAACACCAUCAUCAGCCUUUCUUCUGCAGCUUUUAUACCCAACUUGAGUGUGACCUGGCCUGGCCCAGCCCAGCCAGAAAUCCUCAUAACUUUACUGUUUCUCCUUUUAAUCCUUUCCUCCACCUCCAGGAUACAGAUGGGCCUAUCUCAAAGCACUCCCCUUUCUCUCCUCGUUGCUAACUUCAGGGAUGUUAGAACCAGAGGACAGAAUUUGAGUCUAGACAUCCAGAGGGGAAAAUUAAUAACCCUCUGCCACUCCAAAUGGCCAACCUUCGGCGUUGGAUGGCCAACCGAAGGAACUUUUUGCCUCCCUAUAAUUGCUAAGGUGAAGUCAAAGAUUUUUCUACCGGGUCGCGAGGGGCACCCGGAUCAGAUUCCCUACAUUCUUGUAUGGCGGAAUUUAGUGGAAAAUCCACCCCCUUGGUUGGCCCCCUUCCUAUCCUCGGGAACGUGUAAGGUCCUUGCCAUACGGCCUGCAGAUCCCCCAAAAUCAAGGACACCAGCCGCGCCCUUGUAUCCCAUAUUGCCCAAUAGUCAGGACCUACUAUCCCUAAACCCUCCACCCUAUCAUCCCCCUCCCCUCAUACCCCAGGCCCUGCCCGCAGCAGCCGCCCCACCAGUCGCCCCGCUAGUUGCCCCCCUAGGGGAACUGGGAGGACGGGAAGCGGCAGCUGUGCCGGAACCAGGAGGACGGGAGGCAGCAGCCGCGCAGGGCCCCAUUGAAAAUGAAACCAACCGCGAGAGGCCAGCCGUCGGAACCCGCGGACGCACCCAGCGUGAGCCAAACCCUCGCCUCCCCGACUCCACUGUGGCCCUAUCCCUGCAGGAAAUAGGACCCCCAGAUGAAACAGGCAACCCCCAACUCCAGUAUUGGCCCUUUUCCACCAGUGACCUUUACAACUGGAAAACACAGAACGCUCGAUUCUCUGAUAACCCUAAAGACCUAAUAGCUCUUUUAGACAGUGUCAUGUUCACCCACCAGCCCACCUGGGACGACUGUCAGCAGCUCCUCUGCAUCCUGUUCACUACAGAGGAGCGAGAGAGGAUCCAAUUAGAAUCAAGAAAGCUGGUUCCCGGAGACGACGGUCAGCCGACAUCUAACCCUGACCUCAUUAAUGCGGCUCUCCCCCUAACCAGACCUCCACAGGACGAAUGGGACUACAACACGGCAGAAGGUAGGGGAAGGCUACUCAUUUAUCGCCAGACUCUGAUGGCGGGUCUCCGGGCUGCAGCUCGCAAGCCCAUCAAUUUGGCUAAGGUAUAUUCGGUCGUACAGGGAAAGGCAGAGAGUCCAGCUGCUUACUUAGAGGUAACAUUGCAAGUGGAGGGGACCCCAGUCCAGUUCCUAGUUGAUACUGGGGCACAGCACUCAGUUCUGGUCAAGCCCCAUGGAAAAGUAUCUGAAAAAUCAUCCUGGGUACAAGGGGCCACCGGAAUAAAGAAGUACCCUUGGACAACUCAGAGGACUGUGGACUUAGGAAAUGGGAAGGUAACCCACUCCUUCCUGGUCAUUCCUGACAGCCCCUACCCCUUGUUGGGGAGGGAUUUGCUUACCAAAAUGGGGGCCCAAAUUCAUUUCCAACCAGGGGGACCCACAGUGACUGACUUUCACAACCAACCCUUAUCUGUACUCACUGUGAGACUGGAAGAUGAAUACAGGCUCCAUCAGAAACCCACUCCUGUGGAUCAGGGUAUCGAGCCCUGGCUUCAACGCUUCCCAGACACAUGGGCAGAAACGGGUGGUAUGGGGCUGGCAAAACAUCGCCCAGCCCUAUUUAUAGAGGUCAAGCCCAGGACGGACCCCAUCCACGUGCGCCAAUACCCGAUGCCCACGGAAGCCAAAAAUGGCAUCACACCGCAUAUCCGCCGCCUCCUUGACUUUGGGGUCCUACGCACCUGCCACUCAGCAUGGAAUACCCCCCUGCUGCCCGUGCACAAACCCAACAGCGGGGAAUACAGACCAGUGCAGGACCUGAGAGAAGUCAAUAAGCAGGUGAUGGACAUAAAUUCAACCGUUCCUAACCCCUAUACUCUCUUGAGCGCCCUCAGCCCAGAAAAACAAUGGUAUACUGUUCUGGAUCUAAAAGAUGCUUUUUUCAGCCUACCACUAGUGCCUAAAAGUCAAGAGCUAUUUGCAUUCGAGUGGACAGAUCCAGACAGGGGCAUAAAUGGCCAACUCACUUGGACCAGACUGCCACAAGGAUUCAAAAACUCUCCGACCCUGUUCGACGAGGCUCUACACGAAGAUUUAAGUGAGUACAGACAACAACACCCUAAUAUAACUCUCCUACAAUAUGUUGAUGAUCUCUUAAUAGCUGCCAAGACACCGGAAGCCUGCAUCCAGGGAACCGAAGGUCUCCUGCGAACUCUGGAAACCUUAGGCUACCGCGCCUCAGCAAAGAAGGCUCAGAUCUGCAAGUCAGAGAUCUCCACUACUCCCUCCAGCAGGACCCCCAUCCUUACCCCAGGAGUAAAAGCACAAGCUGUCCGAGAAAAUCAGAACCCAGAAGGCAUAGACUCCCUAUGGAAAUUGCUAACAGCAGCGUAUGAGGCCUUAAACCGAUCGGACCCUGAGGCAACAAGGGCCUGCUGUCUAUGUUAUGAUAUAAAACCCCCCUUCUACGAAGCCAUAGGUCUAGCUGCCCCUUUUUCACAAUCAGGAGAAGAGUCGCCAGCAGCUUGCAAGUGGAAUCGAAAGGGCCCCGGCCUCACACUGCAAGCGGUCACUGGCAAUGGGACUUGUAUAGGAAAGGUCCCCUCUAGCCAUAUCCAGCUCUGUGCCCCGACUAAUUACUCUAUAGAUGAAUCUAAAUGGAUAAUUCCAGCUCCUGACAGUUGGUGGAUUUGUUCUAAGAACAGGGCUCACCCCAUGUGUUAA